CAGCGUGGUUUCCAGAGGGGUUCUUCAUCUAAGGUCGAUCCUCGUUGCGUCCGCGCCCCCAAUCUCAUUUCCUCCUCCUCCUCCGCUCUCGACCCUCUUCGCCUCGAGCGAUCACCGCCCCGAUUCGCCCUGCGCCCCCCAUCGAUCUUCGUCUCCAGGAUGUCGGAGCCACCUUUUGUGCCGAGGGAGAGGAUUCUAAAGUAUCAGCAGUAUUUCCAAAGCCUCCACAAGCACACCUACUUGAAAGGCCGUUAUGAUAUGGUCACUUCAGUUGCUAUUCCUCUUACACUGGCAGCCUCUAGCCUGUUUCUCAUUGGGCGCGGGAUAUACAACAUGUCCCACGGUAUUGGAAAAAAGGCUUGAUAGCCCAUCUCCCUGCUAGCCAAUAAAUUUGUAGGGCUGUGAGAUCCAGGUUUUAACAGUGUAAACUGUUUGUCAUUUUGUUUCGAAUUGUUAUUUCUUGUGAUGAUAAUUUCGAAAAGUUAACUUGUUUCUGUUGCUUUUGUUCUUUCGAUCAACAUACAUAGGUUUCUGAAAGUGUGUGUUUAAUAAAGGUUCUGCUUCUGGAUAAUACAGCUUUCACCAGACGAUUCUCACGUUUUUUGUUUGUAUGCUUGUCGUAGCCAGUGGUAAUGUUAUUGUUCAAUUGUAGUUGUUUA